AUGUCGACCGCUAUCCCCGAGACGAUGAACGCCGUCGUCCUGAAGCAACCCUACAAAGUCGCUCUCGAGAAAGUACCCACCCCAACGCUUCUGAAGAGUGAUGAUGUUAUUGUCAAAGUACAUCUCGCUGGGCUAUGUGGCAUGUGUAUCCUGCUCCGCCUAUUGUCAAAGUUACUAACAAUGCGAAUGACAGGAUCCGACCUUCAUCUGUACCGGGGAACUGAAGAUGCGGGCAAGGACUAUGUGAUGGGGCAUGAGGUCGUGGGAACGAUCGUUCGGAAAGGAAAUGAUGUCAAAGAAUACAGUAUAGGAGAUGUGGUGGCUGUCCCAUUCACGAUAUCUUGCGGCAAAUGCUACUACUGCAAGUCUUCCCUCACCUCCCGAUGCACCUCCGCAGCCUUAUUCGGAACUCCAAACCUGCCCGGGUGCCAGGCAGAGUACGUCCGAGUCCCCCUGGCUUCAGCCUGCCUCCUCCUCAAACCCCCUCAGCUCCCGGAAGAGCUCAUGCUUCUGAUGGCCGACAUUUUGCCUACGGGGUACAGUGCGGCGUAUAACGCUUGGAAGCUGUUGGGAUGGGGCGAGGAGAAGGGAGGUAAGGGAGAGAAGAGGGGUGUUUGUGUUGUUGUGGGCUGUGGACCUGUUGGCCUUUGCGCUAUCACGUCGGCUCUGACAUUAUUUGACAAGGUCUUUGCUGUGGACCCUACCUCUUCCCGGAGAGAACUGGCAGCUAAACAUGGUGCCAUCCCCGUCUCCCCGUCUGAUCUCCAAUCUUCAGUCUUUUCGGCCACGGAAGGCCGAGGGGCCGAUGCCGUUCUCGAAAUCGUUGGGAAUCAGAGUGCUAUAGAUACCGCCUUGAGCGUAGUGAGGCCUUACGGGGCUGUAAGCAGUGUCGGUGUCCAUGCGAAGGAGCUAAAGAUUGACGGAGGGCUGCUUUAUGACAAAAACGUGAAACUCCAAUUCGGCCGGUGCUCUGUCAAGCACUUCUAUCUCGCGGCCCUUGAAUUACUUGUCGAUAACCAGAAACUUUUCGAGAGCUUUAUUGCCCACACUGUGAACUUUGAUCAAGCCGAGAAGUAUUACGAACUGUUCGAACAAGGAAAAGUCCCCAAGACAGUCUUUAGGCCAUAA